AGUAAACCUGAGCGCGAACUGAGUCGGAGCUCGGUGAUUUCCUACGUAGACCAUCAUAGAGGAUUGGAAGGAGACUAUCAUGCGAAAGAUUUGGAGAUAGAUUUGGGCAUAAGUCGUUGUGUGCCUGAUAGAUCACAUCUUCCAUUAUGGAAGUCUCAACGAGAAUGUUGGAGAAUUUAUCAUCUACUUGCUGCUUACUGGAAAUCAGUAGAACAGGGGAACGUGCGAAUGGCAAUACAUAUUACUCAGAUACCGCGGACGCUACAAAGUUUGAAUAUCAAGGCAACAUAUAUGACCGAAGAAGAUGCAUUAACGAGAAGAAGGGGACGUAUGAAUAUAAGAGGAGAUGUCUCCCAAUAUAUAAUUGUUACUGGCUCGGUAUAUGAUGCUACACAACCGGUAGAAAGAGUAGGAAGUAUGAUCGAGAAAGUUUUUAGUAAGGAGAAGACUGAGUGUUAG